AUGGAAGCCUUGGGGGUCUGGCGCAGGUAAAUCCUUAUAUAUUGACUCUAUCACUCAGAUAAAAAACUGGUUUCAGGGCAAAACAUCAGCAUGAAAAGGACUGUUUGAGUACAGUUGGCUGAAUAAAUUCACAAGGAGAGCUUGGGGGGAGAGUAUUUAGCCUUUAAAGAGAUAUAAUCAGCUCAGCAAAUUGUCUCUCAGAAUAUCUAAUCAAAUGUGUUGGGACUUGCUGAUAUUUUGAAUAAUUUUGUCAGGGUGAAAAAUAACCUUACUGAAGAAUUACAUGUUUGGUUACAAUUGAAGUGUGCUUGCUCUAGCAGCAUGUGAUAGUAACUGGUCAAACUUACUUCAUCUGCAUGUGGGAAGGAUGGCAUUAGAGUUGGUUCACCCAUGAGGAAGGAAAAAGAGUGGGAGAGAAACUCUGUGGGCAGGCCUUUUGUGUUCGGGCCAAGGGCGGGCAGAGAUUGGCAAAUGGCAACAGAUUUGAGGAAACAGCUGAUAAUCCCACAGGAAACACAGAGCACUGCUUUAAUGGAGGCUGUGGUCAGAGGUUCAGUGAAUUAUUUAUUUAGUAAAGCUGACAGUGCCAUGUGAGGAUUUGGUCGAUGAAACUUAAAAGGAAAAUGCCUUGGUGUACCAAGGCGGGCAAGGCUGUGUUGGAUUAGAAAGAGAGAGUGCCACAUGGGGAACUGAUGCAGACUUAAGAACAAAACUUAGUGGUUCAAGUGAGAACCUGGAAGAUCUAAAGCCUGGAGCAGCACAAGGCGAUGGAAUGAACAUUAAAGGGCAAAAUUUGCAAUUAUAAAUUGGACUCAAAGGCUGGAGUGAUAUCAGCUGUCUCAUAUUCAGGGUAGGUGGCAGAUAUAUAUGACACUUCUUCUGUGCUGGUUUUAAACAAAAUCAAGCUCUAUACAAAGUGUCUUUACCCAGAGUUCCUAUUUCAUAAUGCUUUUCCUGAACUAUUACAUGUCACUAUCCCAUUACGCCAAAUAUGUCAGGUUAUAAAAGUGCAAGUCCCUUCUGUUUGUCUCGAAUUCAGCUCAUUAUUUUGUUUUUUCUGCCAUGAAUUUUACUGUUUUUGUUUUCCUUUCUCAAGCAGUUGUCACAUGUUUCUGUUAGUAGUGUGAAGACCAAAAACGGAGCAAAAAAGGACUUAAUAUUAAACUUAAUGAACUUACAAUUAAAUGAAUACUGAUAUCACAUGUUGGGUUUGUAAAUUGCACAUAACUUCUAGAACAAUUGUAUGCUAAGGUUCUCAUAUGUAAGAGUCCUUAGUUUCAAUCUUGCCCUCCAAACAUUUCAAUUCACAGGUGGGACAUACUGUAGGACUUCUCACUCUUAGACAAUCUGCAGAGCAAGUGUGAGGCAUUGCAGGUUUCCUCACACGACAGACAAAGAUUGAAUUAUCUACCAUAUGUAAGGCUCUUUUAAGGGUAAAAUAAGCUGAAAAGUUAGAAAUAUUCUUGGGUGGCUAAAAAUAUACUUUGGCGGGCCUUCCAAGUCUUCAUGCAGGGAACAUUGCAGUGAGGCAGACUAUUUAUUCAUGUUUUACAUGUUCUUUUAUCAACAGUUUUUUGGUUCUUUACAUUUCAUGUGAAGGUUUUAUUUGGCACCAUCACUGAAUGGAAAGUUCUGUCUUUUCUGUGCUUGACUUGGGCUUCGACCUAAGCACAAUGCAUACAGUAUUGUUUGCACCAAGUCAGUUUGUAUGAGCACACAUUUCUGCACUCAAGUCUUCCCAGUAGGUUGCCAUGCUUCAUAAAACACAUGCCAGAGUUGAUAAAAAAAUGUUUCAGAAUUUUUUCAUCAACAUUAAAACAUGGAAAAUUGCUAAUAGUGCUCCUUUAUGCAUGGAGUUCCUGCUAUUUUACUUAAGUCACGACCACUCAUGUUGUAAAGUUUUGACCUCUGGAGUUUAAAAACACUAUAGACAGUUGCAGCCGAAUAGCUCAAUGACAGAAUGAUACAGUCUGAUAACUUCUGACAACAGGCAAGAACAACAUUAUUUCACCAAUGCUUGCAUUGUCCUUUUCUUUUUUCCUGCAAUACAAGGCAUGUCUUCCCUUUCCCUGUAGGUGCACAUUUGGAACUUGGUACUGCUGCAUAAUGGGUUACAAAGCGCCAUCCAUGCAUUGCGUCUUACGAUGCCUGUGCUUCAUGCUUCUCCAUAUGUUUAGUGCAGCUCAAGAUGAAGACUUAAGAAGUAAGAGUUCUUCUGUCUUCAUUUUCUCACACUUUUUUAUGCUAUUUGUCCAUACAUUUAAAACUUUACCAUGCAUACAACUGGCAAAGGUGAUUUCAUGUACUGUAUAUGCAUUUCAUUCAAUGUUUUCCACCAAACUACGUGCAUGUCUGAUUGUAAAUAUAAUCCUUCACUGCUGAUUGUUUAUUUCCUGUCUACCUCAGGUUGUAGGACUGCACCCUGUGAUUUAGUCUUUAUUCUAGACGGCUCAUGGAGUGUUGAAGAUAUCAAUUUUGAAAUAGUUAAGCGAUGGCUUGUCAACAUAACAACAAGCUUCAACAUCGGACAGAAGUUUACCCAGGUUGGCGUUGUCCAGUACAGCGAUGACGCCGUUUUAGAAAUACCUCUGGGGAAGUACUUCUCCACCAAAGACCUCAUCAGAGCCAUGGAGUCCAUUGAAUACAUGGGGGGCAACACAAGGACAGGGGAAGCCAUUCAGUUUGCGACAGACAAACUGUUCGGCCUUUCUGAGCGCGGGCCAUCAGGUGUUUCCAGAAUUGCUGUCGUCCUCACAGACGGAAAGUCGCAAGAUGAAGUCAUGAAAGCAGCAGAGGCAGCGAGGAAAAAGGGAGUUAUUCUGUUUGCAAUUGGUGUUGGGUCAGCGACAGAGGAGGCCGAGUUAAAGGACAUCGCAAACAAGCCGUUUUCAACUUAUGUGUUCUCUGUCGAGGACUACAAAGCUAUUUCCAGGAUCAUACAAGUCAUACGACAAAAGCUGUGUGAAGGUAAGCACCUGAAGAUCAGUGUCUGGAGCUUCACGAGCUCUUCUGUUUAAAUAUUACAUUUAUGACAAUAUCAGAGGGAUUUCUUCACCCCAAGCCCUCCCUUCUAGAUGCUUUACAGAAUUUUACCCAAGACCGCAAAUGUGAAUCUGUUCAUCUAGACAUUUCAUAGACUCCCACCUGCAUGGCACCUACUAGAGUGCCUGUUAUGUGUCCUAGUGAGCCAGUACAUCAAUGAUCUUGGCAAUCCACAGCCAGUUAGAGGGCAUGGUGAUGGCACCCUUCACAUUGCUCCUCUCUACUUCACUGCUUUCCACUUUUUCAUUGAAGUUGAUGCCAAUACAUUCUUGAAACUUGCUGUGUGGAUACUAACUCAAAAAUCUCUUUGGUAGAGCCUAAAACUCCCUCCUAAAACAAAGAAUAUUUAGUAUCAUACAGACAAGCUCCAGCUGUAUCUAACAACUGAGAGAGAACAAGUCUGGACAGUGACCUCGACUGGUUUUUGGGAGGUUGUUAAACUGUGAAAACUGCCUCUGACAAUUGAAUGUGUCUCCAGUUUGUGCUGUUAUUCUUUUUGUCUCUAUGUUUGACUGUUUUUCUAUUUAACUUUGUUGUCGUUUUGCAGAAACGGUUUGUCCAGCAAGAAUUCCUAUAGACUCCCGGGAUGAGAAGGGUUUUGACAUUUUGUUACAUUUGAAUUUGGCUAAAAAAGCAAAGAAGACAAAAGGAGCAUUUUACGGCUCCAAAGCCUAUGAAGUGACAUCUCGUCUCGACUUGAGUGAAGCUACAAGGUAAUCCAUCUUAAAUGAUUUUGUCCUCAUCAUCACCAGUGUGUUAACAAGUUAAACUGACUGACUUUUGAAUCGUCACCCAGAAACCUUUUCCCUGAUGGUCUGCCUCCGUCGUAUGUGUUUGUGGCCACAAUGAGGUAUAAAGGAUCAGUGGCAACGGAGGAGUGGGAUUUAUGGAGGAUACAGACACGUGACGGGAAACCUCAGAUGGCGGUGACUCUGAAUGGACAAGAACGCACCGUCAAGUUCACAACAACGAGCAAAACGCCAAGUGGGACUCAGACGGUUACAUUUUCACAACAAACAACAAAGGUGUGGUAACACUUUGUUACAUCUUUAUUACCUGGCUGUGUUAAAUACUUGAAUCCGAUUGGUUAAAACCAUUUUGACAUUAGAUUCUGUCUUACAACCCAUGUAAGAACAGCAGGGCUAAUGGGUGCAUUGUGAAACUGCAGAUCUGUACAAAAUAACUGAAACCAUUGUACGUAGUGACAAUAGCAACAGUGUGAAAAGUUUUUAAAGAUGUGCCGAUUGCAAACAAUAAAAGAAAAGAGAGCUGAAUGCCUACAGAAGUAAACACAAAUUCAUUCCUUGGGGAUCUUUGCUGCUGCUCGCCCCGCCUUGGCUUUUCCUGUUUACACAUGCAAGUGAGGGCAGAUGUGCUCUCCCUGCUUGAGGCUUUGGCACAUCAAAUAUGCAUGUGAAAGGGCAGGGAGUUCUCAGAACUUCUUGCAUGCAAAUGAAUUGUUUUCUUUGGCUACAGCAGCUCUGCCUGAAUUGGAUUAUCUAUGCACUCUUGUAGUCUCUAAAAACAGAAAAACUAGUUCCUAUUUUGUAAGUUUAUAUGAAUGCCCUAUCAAGUCAGACCAAACUUGUAAUGAGUCGGCAAAACGUUAGAACACGGUUUGCUCUUGCUAUGCUAAUCUGUUGAUGCCAAGAAACAUGCAUCCUGAAUAUAUCAUGUUUUGCUGAUGAAUGAUACCAUGCAUUGUUGAAAGUUAUGAUCAUAAAUUGCUAUAAUCUUAGAGUGACCUAAGAAGCAUGUGAAUGCAGGGUGUGGUUUUGUUGCAAAUCCAUUGCAUUAUAGGAAAUAAAGGCUGUAGCAUUGUUGGAUCCUUACAAAUUGUGGCGAAUCAAAUUUGUAAUAACCACGGCUUUACUGCUUCGAUUUACCCGUUCUUAUUUGAGAGCUCCAUCUUGAUUGAAUUGCAAAACUAUAACCUGCUAUGUUUAAGUUCAAAUGUAUCGUGGUUCAAACUCAAUAAAUCUAGAGCAGACCUGAUGUGCUGAAAACAUUUAGGGGGUUGUGCUGAGAAAUAUCCAACUUACAAGAUGUUUUAAAAUGCAUCUUAAAUCUUACACCCAUAAGUCCUUCCUAAAACAGGCGUUUUCAUGGUUAAGAUGUCAACAAGAAUGUGUGUAACAUGCCUAAGUAACAGCACAUCAACAAAACUAUGAAAACAAAUGUGAAGUUCAUGCAGGUUUCGUGUAAUGGGCUCAAAAACAUAUGGUUUUCCUUUUUUCAAUAUCUGACUCACUUACAACAGUACACCUCGGAGGUCAGUGCACUUCCAUUCAGCAGCAUGUAACAAUUUGCCAAACCACACUAAUCCUCCUAUUCUCACAUCAGUGCAGCUUGUAUAAACUUGUAGGGCCAUAGACAUCAUUUAGAAAAGUAAAAGCUGCAGCGAUAAAGUGAAUGUACUUGUAGAAUUAGCUCAGCCGAACAACUAAAACUACUUAGACAAAGACUUUCUAAGCUUCAGUUCAAAUAAAAGCUGCAGGAUGUUUGUUACAUGCUGGCUCUAGGAAAGUUAAAUUACAGCGAUCACAGCCCACACUAUCUGAUCACUCACUCUUGAUUCUAAUGUGGCCAAAAUAUUACAUGUAAUUGCACACAAAUAUUCCUUGACGUAAUAAAUGUUGUAUGAAUCAGAUUUACUUGUUUUGAUCCUGUUUUAACACACCAAACUGCCCCAUUUACUUGCUCCCACUGCUUCCUGUUACAAGCAUUUACAUUCAAUUCAAGGGGAAAGACUUUGUGUUUUUUUAUGCUAUUUUGUUCACCAAUUUUCCAUUAUGCAUUGUAUUAACAACUACUUCCUGUUUUUUUUUUGUGACAAAAGAAACUGUUUGAUGAAAAAUGGCACCAGAUGCGGCUACUGGUCACUGAGGAGGAUGUGACUCUUUAUGUCGAUGACCUUGAAAUUGAGUCCCUAUCCUUGGAGCCCCCCGUUGGCAUUUUCAUCAACGGAAAAACCCAAGUUGGAAAGUACGUCCAAAAGGAUACAACAGUGCCAGUAAGUUUAACAUCAAUAACCCCUUGCUAUUAAAUUAACUGAUGUUUGGUUCCCAGGAAAGUAACACAGCUCUACGUCAACUUGACUAUAGAAAGAGGGAACAGUUUGUUUAAUGAACUCGACACUGAUACAUGAUUUAUACAGGAUCACACAGAACUGAAGUUUAUUGCUGCCCCCUUAGAGACGUGUUUAACCCUGUGGGUCAAUAAAUCCUUGGCAAAUUGAGCUUUUUUCCACAAGUUCUUCUUAAUCUUGUUUUUAUUUGUCUCAAUUGGCCCAUUUUUUUGCCAAAGUUAAAAAAGACACUAAUGUGCCAUGUUGUUAUUUGCUGUGCAGCAGUUUUUUUAUGGUGUGCAGAUCUGAGAGCAUUGCAGUAAAUUUAUACAAUAUGUAACAUCAUACUAUAACAAUUAUCGACAUUCCAAAGCAACUAAUGUCCUUAUUAAUUCAUGGAAACACAAUUUCUGAUAGACUAUUCCAAAAGAAAGACCAAUCUCCAGCUAACAUGUAUAGCAUUACUUAAGAUGGGAUCACAGAGUCUCGGUAAAGGAUGUCUAGUCUAGAAGUACAAGUGAGCACUGCCACUCUAUCGUGCUUCAUUCCUGCUAGGGGUGUCCCGAUAUAAUACCAAUAUCGGAUAUCGCUCUGAUAUAAACAAAAAAACUAAAUAUCAGAUUAUAUCAGCCUGCAUCAAAAAUCUCUGAUAUCAGCACACUCCAAUACAAGCAGUCCAUUCCAGACUCCACUCCAGCGCCUCUAUCUAGCAGCACCCAGAUCCAGCAUGCAGAGCCCACAUGAUCAUAACAACAGUAUAUACUAAGGUACUAACCAUGUAGCAAUGAGUAGGAGUGAUGUCGGCCCUGUGGCAGUAUUUUUCAUAAAAGUCCAAAAAAGACGUUGCAGCAGAGUGCAAAACUUAUCAAGCACAUGUUUGUAUUGAUAUCGCAUCAAUAUCAGUAUCGAACAAUACUGAAGGCUACAAUAUCGGUAUCGUAUUGGAGGUAAAAAAGUUGUAUCGGGACACCGUUGAUCCCUGCACUGGUCACACAAAUCUCCUGUCAAAUAUUUUUCUACCAGAGCUUUAAGAUCAAGUUGUUAAGCAUUCAACUGGUAUUUCUAUGAUACAAAAGUUUAACACUGCAUAUCUUUCAUGGCACGUUAUUGUUGUCCUUCUUUAAAAAAUACUUCCACACAUCACUUUUCCUGAUCAUGACUGACAUGGUGCCUGAACCUGUAAGCUCACCGAGUUGAUACUUUAGCCAACAACAACACGUGCCCGAGUCGUGUAACGAUACUUUGAGUGAUGACGGCAACAAGUGCUGGAUUACUAGAGUCUUUAUCCUUGAUUGACACGAACCACAGUUUACACACUUGUGUGAGUUUAACUUGUGGAAUUAGAAACAGAUUUUCAUGUCUGUACAUCACAAUGGCCUCAAAGCAAUUUCAAACACCAACAGACCGGACCUGGCGUACUUAUCAGGUUUAAACCUCGCUGCUUUCACCCGGGGAAGGUAAACUUUAUUGUUUUGCAUUGAUCCACCACAUCAAUGUUCUCAAAAGGCUGGAAAUAAUGUAAAUCAUAUGUGAGGAUUUCGUUCUGCUCUGAUUGUUACUGAAGUGAGACCGUCUAGAAGACUUUCUGGAGCCAUUUUACCACCAACAUCAACAAAAUUCCAAAUAAUGGAAUAACAGAGUAACGCAGAUGCACAACACUUCCAACACUGAGGGAGGUCUGGCAGCAUGUAUGCUCAACGUCCUUUAGCUGCUCUACAAUAGCAGUCCCACUUCAUUGGUUUCAAAGCACUAAUAAAACUGGACUAAAUGCUGCAAAAUUACCCCAGUUUAGGACUUGUUAUGUGAACUUGUUGGGAACCGCCAACAGUGGAUCUUGUGUUUUUAACCUAUUGUUUUUCUUUCAUCAGUUUGAAAUUCAAAAGCUCCGCAUCUACUGUGACCCAGAGCAGAACAACCGAGAGACCGCAUGUGAAAUACCUGGAGUCGUAAGUGCUACAGUCUGCUUGGCACCGAACUUGUUUUUCAGUCCAGAGAUAACGUCUUCUCACCUACUUCUCACCUUGUCAAACUACAUCUGUUUUAGCUCACAAACACACCGCAAUUUCAUCGUCAGUUAACUCCACACCUCGUCCUACACAGCAUCUAAUGUUUUUCGAGCUUCGUAGUACAUCAUCUUGGAUCACUGCAGAUUUGUGCAGCGAAAGUGUAAAUGCAGCAUGUUCAUUGAGAGUCACAUCUGUUACACAUUUGUGCACAAGAUAAUUUAUUGGAGAAGAAGUUAAACUUUUUGCAUACAGUGCAUUUUUUUAUUGUAUUCUGGCUCCAACUGUGUUUGUGAGGCAGUGGUGCUUUAUGUUGGCCAUGAAAUUUUUACAACCACAAGCCAACUUGUUUUUUUUUUUGUGAGGCUGUGGGGUAAAAAUUUGAAGAGGCAAAGUCAGAAGCCUGAAAUUGAACAUGACUGGCAAGUACCAGUGUCUUCUGCUUUCUCUUUCUCUGGAUGAAGCACAGCAUUUGAUUUAAAAACAUUAAGACAUCAAGUUUACAGACUUUAUUUGGAUAGAAUUUAGUUUUCACUACUUAGAAUUGAAUUUAGGGAAACUGACAAUCAUUUCUUGAUCUUUUCUUUUCCAAAAAGUUCAGACAUGCUGAAAAAACACUGAGGGGAUCUGCCCAGAUUAGAAAUGCAUCUUGACUGCUGCUGAUAAUGAACAACUGCUUUAUCCUAAUAGCACUUAUAGGUGUAUUUUGCUUUGAUCCUUACUCUCUGGUCUUGUCUACAAGAGCUUUAUUUUGUUGUUACAGUGCUCCAAUAGUCCUGAUUAUGAGGAGCCAACUCAAGAACCUUGUGCUUGUCCUCCUGGACCCCCUGGACUUCCAGGUCUAAAGGUCAGUUGUUUGUAAAAUCCUUCAUGUUUUGUCAUUACAUUGUCUUAUUUGUGGCUUGUUUUGUACCAUUAACCACAGUCCAAGCAAAAUGAGACUGCAGAAAUCAAACAAACCAAUGCACACAUCACACUGAAAGAUACCAGGGAACAAUGCGGGGGCUUUACUCCGUACAGCUUGCCUAGUUCAGACAUUUGUUAAUCAUUUAUUAUUCAAAAAUUUGCCCCAAACUGGAGAAUGACAAAGAGUCUUCUGUUGGAGAGAAAGAGCACAAACUCUUUUCUUGUAGCUUGAAGGAGAAAUGUUUGCUGGAUUCCCAGGUGAUGUCUAAAUGCCUCUCUGUGUCUAAUAAGUGACAAGCACAUGCGGUUACACUUUACUGACAAGUCAAGUCCAACUAAAGCCCUUACAGCCCGUAAACACAAGCUUCCUUUAUGCCAGAAACUUUGCUGUGUGGGCUGUUUUGCACAUUCAAAUGCACAGUUACCUACUGAUCAUUUUCAGUUUUACGAAUUAUGGAAACACCAAAAAGCCUCUUUUCCUCCUGUUGGGCUAAUUGUGGCUUGCCAUGAUCAUGAUGACUCAGUCCUGGUUUUUCUUUCAAGAUCCUGUUGAAUUGUACUGUUUUCUUAAAGCAAACCGGACCAAUGCCAACAUAAACACUGGUUAGAAUGGAAAAGUACCAAAUUGGGGAGUAAAACCUAUGUGUUUGUCUUUAUUGAUCACAUGGAAUUAACCAAAUAAUAGGAGCCCUAGUCUUAAAAGCCUUUACACAAGGGCCUAAGAGAGAUAUAACCUUAGCAACAAGCCUUUUCUGAAUAAAACCUUCAUGGGUUCGGGUGUAUUUGUGUUUAUAAGAUCCCUGCUAUGCUUUAACUACAUUUUAUAAUAGACCCAAAAUGCUGGGACUGUUGCUGGCUUGCAGAUGUUCCUUAUAACCCCACAUAGAGCGUCUUACAUCCUCCUGGCUUGCUCUGCACAGUUCAGGGAGAAAUACGGUCAACACUCCACGCCUGAGAAAGAAUAUUGUUACCAGAGAUGUUAUAAAUGGGUUAUUUAAUACAGCUUUGAGAUUGCAUGAUGAUUUGUUUUAGAUACACAAUAUUAAAUGUCCUCACUCCCUAUUUUUUUUAGGGAGACCAAGGAAACAGUGGCAAACCUGGACAGCCUGGACCUGCUGGUGCUGAUGGUAAGCCUGUGAGUACUACAUAGUUCAAUAUACAAACAUACAGAACACAACCUCCAGCAACCCCACAGCAGCUUCCACAACAUCUGAAAAAAGGCCAAAACCAGUGAAGUUGAUGUAUCCCAUUAGGUCAUGACAGUUCCUGCUUGUUAAUGCUAUGUGGUCUGGACUGCUUUAGUAUGUUAAGCAACUGUGGUAUAUACUCUUUUGGACUCAUUUUCCGAUGGGUAAAUACAAAACAUCUCUGGUGUACCACUGGUGGCAGGAGAGUGGUGAUUUUGUGUGAUGAAAAGCAUCCAAAAGUGAACCACAUGUUGUACAGCAUGAUCAAAAACUCAAGAAAGAAUCCACCCUUCAGGCUCAAAUCAAUUAAAGGACAUGCAAACAGAUGAACGGGUUCAAAUGUUUAACCAAACGUUUCUUUCUCAUGUCUUCUUUAAUUUUUAAGGGUAACCCUGGCAUACGAGGAAGUCCAGGGCUGCCAGGCCCACCAGGAAUAGAGGUAAAGGAAAAUUAAAUGAUUUAACUGCGAUAUAAAAUUCACCACGGAAAAGAGAGAAUUUGAAUUUAUUUUCCUGUCUUACUUCCUUAAGGGAAAACGGGGGCCAGAUGGGAACAAAGGCGAGCAAGGGAGGCCUGGUGUUUCGGUAGGAAGGUCAAAAAACACUUUUUCUGGUGCAAUAGAAUUCACUAUGAAGCUGCAGCACUUACUAAUGACUCCCAAUGAACAACUCUGUAAUACAAGUCUGUUCUUUCAGGGUGAGAGGGGUGCGCCUGGAUUACCAGGACAGCCUGGAAAACCAGGACAGAAGGUGAUGAUGUUUUAAUCUUCUGCUUAUUGAGAUCUAAACAUCUAGAUAUUGUUCAUUCAAGCACCUUAAGUGAGGAAAAUCACUCGAAGUACUGAAUGCCCAAAGACUGGAAGAACCAUUUCCACAGAAUUAAGAACUUGACUGUUUUACAGGACAGGACUCCCAUUGCAUUGACAAGGUUAAUCUGUUUUUAUGGGAUCAAAUGUGGGAUUAACAGGAAGUUCCUGCUAAACACAUCAGUUUGAGCCAUUUAAACAUUGUUGCAUCAAUCAGGCUAGAAGCCAUAUGUUAUGAGUAUAAAGCUAGAUCCUGAGGGAGAUGAAAAAGUACAGCCUCAGCAGUAUGGAAGGAUGAGAGCAAGAGGGCCAUCAGAGACUUUUAAAACUCUUCAUAUUUCCUGGCUUUUGUUCUGCCCUUUCCUUGAAAGCUCAAAGAGUUUGUGGUUCUUUGAUAUUUUUCAGGAAGACAGUGCUGCAUCUUUUUUCCAUUCGUGUUAUAUAUUUCCCCUUGCCUGCGUCUUGUUUCUUUCCACCCAAUUACAGUAAAAGAAGACAUACAUUAAUGUUAAGAGUAGACUUCUGAAUCAAAACCAGUGAAGAUGAGCAUGAUUCCUUCUCUGUAAGACUCUAGGAUACAUAAAAAGUCUUAUUAGGUCCAGAAUAAGAGUUUAGCUGUCCUCUUUGUCCUUAUGUCAAGUUGCAGUAAAUAUUUUUGAAGUGUAACAAGUUAGGGCUGCAGGCAGGCAAGUGUAGAAGCUGGAUUCUUUGGUUACAGAGCCAUGCUGUUGUGAUCUGCACAGAAUAAGGUUCGACUCUGUCUUGCUGUAAUAUGCAAGGUCUUAACUGAAUAAGGGGUUGUCUGCAGGGAAUCAUAAGUUGUUUCAAAAGCUGUAAUUCAGCAUUAAUGGCAUGGUCCUAAACGUGUAAGCAAUUCACGCCCUGAGCACUUAUGCAUCCUCAUACCAUCGGGGAUGCUGGCUUGUCAGCUUUGUACUAAUAACAAUUUGGGUGGUCCCCUUCCUUUGGACACUAUCAAUGAUUUCCAAAACGAAUGUCAAAUUUUAAUUCUUCAUACCUUAGGAAAGUUUUAUGCUUCACCUCAGUCCAUCUUUGGAGCUAGUGCAGUGAUUUCCACUUCAGAGCCAGGACUGUUUUUAAUGUAGUGUUACUUGAAGACCCAAAGAUCACAGACAUUAAGUAUUAGUUCUCAGCCUGGUCUCUUUUGUACAGAGAUGACUCUGGGACAAGGCAAAGAAAAUAUCAAAUAUACAAAACUGUUUAAUAUUCUAUCAGUAAAAGAAACUUGAUAGGUCAAUCUUAUCAUCUUAAAAUAUCUAGCCUGAAAAUCAAUCAAAAAACCCUCCAAGCAAUGUAAUGUUAAGACAUAAACAGUAUUGAUAUUGACGGGGGUAAGCCACAGCAAGUGAUGCAGGCUAGAACACAUUCAGAGAAUUCAACAAUGUGUAACAAGGCGUAAGAAUAUGAGUCCCAGAAGGAAAACCCCUGCUACAGCUGCUAAAAUCAAAAGUUAAAGAGAAGCAAAUUAAUCCAAUGAUCCAUACGCUCCAUCAGUUUUAACUUCCUGAGAACUAGAACGCUCUCUGCCUCAGUUACAGACAAUUCAAAGUGAAGCCCUGCAGCUAUAUCUCAUACUAAAACCAUCCAGAAAGCUGUGAUAGCUUUGAUGUUGAUCUGAACAACAUUUUGCAUUCAGCUUUACUUUAAGUACAGUGAGGUAAUGCAUCCUGUCGAGAUGGCAUCACCUCUUCUUCUAUCCCUAUCAUCCUACCUUGUAAUCAGUGUGACCACAGGAAGCCCUCACCAGGAACAGUUCAAGCAGCUGAUGUCAUUUUGAAAAUGGUCUCAGCUGUCUGCAGACGCACAUCUGCACCUGGAGCCAUUCUUUCUGUACCUUGUGUCCCCUUUGUUGGAGUUUGACUCAGAGGUCCAAGACCUCUACAGUACUGCCAACAUUCACUCAACUCUGAGUUUAGAUGUCCAAAAACACAAAGACCAAGAUCACAACCGUGGACUGCACUGCAAAGAAUUGGUGUGGAUUUACUUUAUUUAUUACAAUUCCAUCUAAUCCCUACAACAUGAGCCCCUCAAGGCUUUUACUGCUUUACUGAGGUGCUCUUUUUAAAAGCCUGUAAUGAAACAUCUAAUCAGUGUAAUGGUCCGAGGCCUCAUAAAUGAGGAGAUGAGUGUUGAGAAGAGGCGCACUGUUAGUGAUUUUCCAUCACUUCCCACAUGGAAAAGAACAGCCAAAUUACAUCAAGAAAAAGCUUUAAAUUACCAAUCAAAUCAGUUCUACAAAUUGGUAAAAUACUAAUAGUAUUUUAGGUAAAUUUAUUACUUUGGGCUGCACUGACGAUGGUACUUUCAAACUAAAUGAACACAUACACACAAAGUGCUUAACACAUUUAUCAACAUAACCAAUCAUAGCAUCUGUCUUACAAAGUUGAUUGGUUGGUGAAGGAUUACCCGGUUGUUCAGUGACUGCCAGGAUUUGUUUCUUCUCCACAAUUGCUCUUGACAAAGUUGAAAUUGGAAGUCCCAUCUCUUCUUGAUUACGAUCGGACACUGAGAAAGAAUUAAGGUUGACAUGUCGGGCGGUUCUCCAAAAGUGGGAUUAUUUUUAGCUGAGAACACUGUGAAGACAGCAAACCAAAAAACAGCUGUUGUCAAAGGUGUUUUGUUCCCAAGCUGAGGGCUGAAAACAAUAAACCACAUUUGGUUCUGUAAAGAAAAUGGGCGCUGCCAGUGAUGGAGAUGCUGUUGGUGGACACGGGACUGAUGUGUUGAGUUAAGUCAACAUUGGAAUUCUAACAAGCUUGCGAUGGCAAUGCCAAAUUGCUGAUGUUGUGCAGCUGUGCCAAAUGUGAUGUGCAAGAUGUAAUCUUCUCCUUGUGCACUCUUGGUUUUGUGUGUUAGCCUGCUAAGUUUUGCUUGAAAGCACCAAAUGCAAACUACAGCCGACAAAGGUGAAAAUAUCAUAAUUCUUCAUGUAUUAUUAAGCAAAUUUGAACAUCAUUAUUAUUAUUUUUUCUAUUGUAAGACCACCCAUGGGUGUCCACUCCUCUCCCUGGCAAGAUCUAGAGAUUGCAAACAUGUAAUGUCUGCUAAAUUAAGUCAGCAGUACAUCAUUCAAGCUUAAUAGAGGGAGACGGAUUGUUUGCCAAAAACCGGCUGUUUGUGUAAUCACAGUUUAACGCUGGCACUCGACCACAGUCACUUAUCGCCUUUGCGGAAACAUUUCAUUCAAGUCUUUAUUAAGUCUGUGCUUUUUAUCUUUGUCAUUCAUGAAUUGAGACUAUUCUAUUGAGAAGAAUUCAUUUUGGCCAAAAUUAGCCUUUCAAAUUGGAAACCCACUGCAUGGCUUAAAGAGUAAGGGUGCCUGUUAGUGAAGGCUCCCUAUCCAAUCUUCCUACUAAGAGCAGACUUUCCUGCACACCUGAGAAAUGCAAACAAAGCAGUCACCGCUUUACUACUCAUGUGAACAGCUGUUGAUGUUUCAAGCUAAUGUAGUAAGCCCUGGCACUGGACACAAUUCAACAUUACAGUCAACCUUACUACACUGUUGGAAUAAUUAAAGGAAAAAAACGUGUGGCACCGGGUUCAGCUCAGUGCAUGCUCCAUAUACAAUAGUUGUAGUCCUUGGUAGUAGUAGUAGUCACCAAUUUGACUCCCAGCCACAACCCUUGGUCAUGUCAUACUCACUCUCUCCUCCACAUUUUCUUUCUUCAGCUUUCAUGUCCAAUAAAAAAAAUGCAAAAUGCCCAUGAAUUAAAUCUUUGCAGGUCAAGCUCCACUACUUCAAGCAUGUCUGCUACUAAAACUCUUUUGCCAUUUAGCUGUUUUGUUGUGGACUAAACUCCACCAGAAAAGAGGUCAAGGCUGGAAAGAUUCUGAUAUAUGUUUUGACACCGAUUGAACACAAACACAUGUUCUUGACUGAGGAAACUGUUCAUGCUUUGACCAAAAUUUAUAAUUAGAAAGAAAUAGUUCCCAAAGGAAGCAACAAUGUUUUCACCGGAAAAAGAAGUGAAGCCAGUCAGUGAUAAGAACUUCAUUUGGCUGUGUGUGCUUGAGUUAAUGGUCAUAAUGUUCAGUGAAGUCAUGUCCCGCCUUGUUCCACUUGCUGUUUUGCAAUUCUGAAAUAUGACAGUGCAGUCGAGCGUCAGUCCACUGAGCUCUGGAGUUGCUCCACAGGGGCUUGAUCAACAUCCAGUUUCAGGUCAACAAGUGCAAGUUUUUAAAUGCCAGGAUGACGCAGAAAAAAUAUGACUAACAUAAGUUUUAGUCCAGGAGGUUGCUCAAAUCUUUGUCUCUCCAAGAGUUUUGUGACCCCUUCAGACUGAUACUUGUGACUUUGUGCCUUUACGGUGGUUCUAUGAAGUGCUCCUGUCCCACACUGUAAACUUGUGAAUGCUAGAUUCAUCACUGUUUGAAAUCUGACUUUUCCCAGGGCUCGAUAGGAUCCCCAGGAAUUUCAGGACUGCCGGGAAAAGCUGGGCCAGCGGUAAGGGCUGGGACAAUGAUAAGUGCUAAAAAACAGCUUGAUCACUGAAAAUGCCAGAAGGAACAUAACAAGUUUCACUCUCUGGUACGGUGUUUCCAGGGUGAAAAAGGAGCAAUGGGACCUGCUGGGCCCCCUGGUUAUCCAGGAGAACCUGUGAGUAUAAAACAACCCAGAAUCACAUCCUGAUGUCACAAGAAACACGUGCAAAAUCCCUUCCUUUGAUUUCAGGGCCUACCAGGGAGGGACGGAAAGGAUGGAUUUCCAGGGAUACCUGGUGAAAAGGUUUGUUCCUUUGUUGUAGCACUGAAUAGCAUGUUUCAAAGCUCAUUCAUGGUUCAGGGGAAUAAUAGAGGCAUGAGGUUGGCUGAGCACACAUAUUUAUUCCUAACAGACGUUUCUGCUCCCCAAAGUUGUGUUGUUGAUGUUUGGCAACCAUGGAAAUGCAGUCAUCCAGUGCUGGUGUCCCCCUUGUCUUUUUCCAAACUCAAUUUGACAUCUACAAUAAACACUAAAGGCAUUCUUUAUGUUUUAGAUAAAUGCCUCGGUAAUAAAUCCAUCAUGACACAGGAAAAAAUAUGAGACAAUGAUGUGUGUUAUGUGUCAAAUUAAUUGUUCGUCACUCAGACUUUGGAUCCCAUUGAAAUGUAAUAAUAAUGUUUGUGUAUUUCCAACGUAUUAAGGGAGAAGCUGGGGCUGGUGGUGUUCCUGGUGUUGAUGGAAGAGAAGGCCAUCCUGUGAGUCGUAAAUACAGAUUUUUUCAUUGUUCGUGUAAAAGCUUUUUGAACCAACAUCUGUGCAUCAGUUUCAUGUGAAAGUAACUAAGUGACUUCAAGACUGUGUUUGACAAGUUAAUGAAAGUACAUGAUCAGUUACAGCUACUUCUGUCAAACUGUAAGUGAAAAUUCACUGCUUUUUUUACUGCUUUUUGCUUCAAUAGUCCUAUCAAUUAAAGCUGUCCCGAUGCGAUAUUGCAUGUAUAUUGGAUAUCAGUCCAAUCUUAGCCAAUAAACAAAUAUCAGAUUAUAUUGGCCUGUAUCUCAAAUCUCUGAUAUCAGCACUCCGAUACAAGCAGUCCAUUCCAGACUCCGCUCCAGCAGACUAAACAGUCGACAACAGACCUCACUAUCAGUCUGUUCAGUUCUUCCUGGCUUACAGAUAGUGGAGCUGGCGGUGAUUUAAAAUCAAGCUUUGACUGUCUGAAUGGAGUGGCUCCAUUUGGUCUGCCAAGCUAACGUGAGCUGCACCUGGGUCACUGGUGUUUGCAGCACUGGACCCUCUGGCAACUAGCUUAGUUGAAGUGUUUUGUUUGGUUAGAUGCGCAAUGAAGGAAACAAAUGCUGGCAUCGAGACAAAAGGCUUACAUCUGGCCGAUCACCGGCCAUUCUGAGUGUUUAGAGUAUUAGAUAUUCUUUCUACCGAAACGCUGCUGUGCUGACGUAGGAAAACCUCGCCACUGAGUUGGACAAAUAAUCUUGCACAGUCGUCUUCGAUUUGAUGCAACAGGGUUAUUGAAUUUGAAAGGUAUGUCAGUACACCACCCGCAAUCAGGAUAUUAUCUGUACUGGCCCUGAAAAACUAAUAUCAGUCAGGCCCUACAAUUAGUUACGGCAAAAAGUGGUUGCAGUUGCAGGCACAUAUUAUCUGGUAACGUUGAAGUCACAAUACAAUAUGAACUGUAAGACAAACUGUUGUUAAUAUUAGUAAUGCUGUGAGUAACUAAACAGUAAAACAGGCUUGUCGCACUGUACAAGACCGGAUGUACAAAUAACGUAACUGUGCAUGCGUUACGUUCCUUUUACUGUACUUUGACUGCAGUGUGUGAGCAUACUGUCAGCAGAACGGAGAGUCCCCCUGACAGCCAGUAAAUUAGGGGUAUUUCCCUUGUAGUUCAUCCCAGGAUAACCCUGUUAUGUAACAAGCAGUCUCAUGCUAUAAUCCAAGGCAGUGAAAGUAACUCAUCGGGGGAAUGCUUUGGUGCUUUGGCAAUUCUGUUGUAGGAAGAAAGUGUUUCAGCUGGGAAGCCACCCCACUGAUCAUGAUUAUUAGUUUGGUCCAAAAAUUGUGAUGGGUCUUCAAAAGAUGACUCAGUUGCUCCACAAGGCUGUAAGCCAUGUUUCCCCAGCAGAACAAAAGAGUUAGCGGUGUUUCCAAGGAGACAGGGUUCACACUGGUGCUUCUCAAGUUAAAACAAGAUGAAGAUAGCACUCCAGUGCAGGCCCCAAGACGGGGAUUUCUACUAUACGUAGGUCAAGUGUGAGUGUCUGAGUGGCUCUCACUACCUUUCUUUUUCUCUGCCUGCCUGUCUAAUCUAUUCACUCUGCACAUCAUAUGUUACUCAAACUUAAGUUUGAGGCAACGAUUCAGCAUCUGCAAGCAUUUAUCGAUGAAGAAAAUAACUAAAACAAAAGACUGAAGAGGCUUCCUGGGGUGGUUCUGCUGCACAUUUUGAGCCACAGUCUUUAAGUGUCUUAAACCAUUUAUCUAUACAGUUGUAUCCACUUUCAGUCUUUUUUCAGUGCAACUGCUUUUGUAUUAUUGCAUUUGUUAGAAUAUAAAACAUGUGUGCAAAGCUCAACUGCAGGACAUACAAGUCAUCUAAGGAUCGUGUAGAGAUGAAACGCAAGUCAGUGUUUUAUCGUGCUAAGGUCAGGGUUGUUUGAAGAAGGAUAUAAUCUUCUUUUGUAGUGAUUGUAUUUACUGAAAGAUUAUUAACAAGAACUGAACCUCAGAAUAUUCAAAGUACAAUUCUCUAUGCUCUUGUUUGGCCAGCUGUGACAAGGGAGUCGACGUUUUAGCCGAAAUUUCAUGUUCACCCUGUUCAUCAAGUUCAUCACUUGCUUUUAUUAAGAAGCUGGCUGCAACUGUGACUGACACAAUGAAGUAAUUAUUUCACUGUGAAAGACAGAAAACUGGAAACAGAACAGUUGCAAACAAUUCGAUGGAAGUUCUACCCCUUAAAUAUACUGGCAGACAGUAAAGUCUGAUCUGUUUCCUUGCCCCCAGGGUAUGCCUGGAUUACCGGGGAUUGCAGGUCUGGAUGGGCAAAAGGUGAGCUCCUGCAGAGAUAACACAUUCCCCAAUACAUGUUUAAAAUAAGAUGGUUUUCCGUAAUUCUUAUGAUUAUGUUUGACUGAUGGGAUUAUGUGUUUUAAGGGGGAAGUUGGUUUGCCCGGGCCAAGGGGCUUCAAAGGAUCAACUGGACCACCUGUAAGUGAUGAGUUGAGCAGUUAAUGUAAAGGUUUAGUGCACACUGAAGUGUUGAAAGUUAUUCUUAAGACUCACCAAAACAAUUUCUGUUCUCUGCUUUAGGGUGAGAUGGGUUUACCUGGUGCACCUGGUUUGAGAGGACAGAUUGGUCCUAAGGUAAUCACUUGCGCCUGUUUUUGAAAGCCUAUUUAUGCCUUUUCAAACAGCUGCAUUGUAAGUGAUACAAAGCUGCAAUGACGAUAGAAGAAAUAACGUCUGACUCUUAUCCUACCAACACUCAUCGCAGGGAUUUAAUACAGUCUUUAAGAUGGAUUAGCUGUGCACUACAUUUAAUGUGAGUUUAUCCCCUUCUACAUCUCUGGGACUCACAAUGACUCAAACUGUAGCCCAGAGGAGUCAAUAAUGCAGAUCAAUCAACACUAGCUGGCAUAAGCAACAGACAAGCCACAGGCCGAGCCAUGUCAAGCACAAUGUUGUCAAGUAAAAAGGCUGCAAACAAGCAGAGCAGUUCGGGAUAGUGUCACGGUAUGACAUAACUAUUACCAAACCCUUUAUCGUCCUGCUCCAGGAUAAUUCACGGGGGGAGUGACAAUUUUAGUUUGGAAAAAAACUUUUGGAGAACAUUUAAAUGCAUAGAAAGCUGUUUGGCAAAGUAGUGCUGAAUGUUUUGUUCACGUAAUCUUUUUCUACAGCACAACUUAGCACGAGAAAGUAUUUCUUGGCCACACCAGAAGGGCUAAAUUAAGCGAUGAUUAAGCUCUUACUGCUUUCGUCAGUGGAAUCUUAGUGGAAACGUAAGCAGUCUGGGCUUGUCUGGUCUGGAGGCUCUGUCUCCUGAUCACUUUUCAUUAGCUGAUCUGCGUUUAACAGGCCAAUGUGUAUUGGUCAAUGGCACACGAGUGAAAUCCCACUUUUUGGACGGCCAGGCGAUACUCUGAUUUUAUGGCUGCACUUCAGAGAGCAAUUACUGAGGCUUGUUCAACUGGAAAUGAAAACAUAAGACUAGAAACAAUUAAAAAUGGAGCUGCAGCACAGCCAGACCUCAUGGACGUACACUGCAGUGUAGCUAUAUGAUAUGAUGUGGCUCUGAUUGUAUGUUUUUGUUAACAUAUCAUGUGUUUUAUACUUUUAUCAAGGGAAGUAAGGGCGAGAGUGGGAGCCCAGGAAUACAAGGAACAUCAGGACCUGCGGUAUGUAUUACUUUUGAUAAUCAAUCUGUUUUCAAAUAGGAUUCAGAUAAUUGGAUUACUCAAUAAAGCUACGUGCAAAUCUAUAUGUUCAGUCACAGGGUAAAAACAUGUGUUUUUAUAAGUUUUAUGUCAUUGUUGUAUGAAAUAAGUACUCCUGUUUCUAAUGACUGGUGUGUUACUGAAUACAAUUAAAGGGGAGUGCAGGAGAACCAGGAACUGCAGGUCAGCCAGGACACCCAGGCAUGCCUGGCCUUAAGGGCAGCAAGGUAAUUCUACUUUGAUGUUUUCUACCAGUAUUUCAGCACUGAUGUCUUCAACAGGAUGAGAGCUUUUACAUAUGUUACAUUUCAGAUAACUAAAACUCUAAAUUUUCUGAUAUUUACGUGUCAGGGUGAACUCAGUCUAGAACAAACAUGAAACGUAUGUCCUGAUAUUUGGUUAUAAACAUAAGCUGACUACAAAUUCCAGUUACACUAACUAAUAAACCUCUGUGUUCACCUUAGAUUUGCAGUACCAUGAGCUUUUGAGUCAAGAACUAUGGCUGUGUGCCACAGCAGUUUCAUUACUGUGGGUUAUUUGAGGCAUUUGUUCCCAGGAUGCUUUAUUAAACCAUACAUUAGAUAUGAAGCCCUUGCAUGCCAGGUCUAGAAAGAGUGUGCAAAUCUGUGUGCUUUGUUUGCAAACUUGUGUGCUCAAGUUACAAAUCUGUUCCCAUGAAUUUGGAGUCUGUGCUCAUGAAAUAUGACUCAGCCCCCAUGCAUGUAGAUUAAUAAAGUGUGUGAACGGAUUUUCACAUGGCCCUUUUUCCUCGUGACCUGAAAACUGGGGGCUUGAUAGUUAGAUGUUUUAACUGAGGUAAAAAAAAGUGUAAACGCACUUCUGCAAUAUACAUUUGCAAACUGUUUUUCUCGUCUUUGUUUUUAGGGACAAAGGGGAAACUCAGGUGAAAGAGGAGAGAUGGUAAGCCCAGAGUGGAAAUUGCACUAACAUCAAAGUUUACUUUGUCAUACAAAGCACAAAACACAAAACAAGUAAACCUGUCUCAAGCUGAGCUCAAUCAACAUCUCCCACUACGAGGUUGUCAGCACAUCACCUGUUUCAAACUAAACUUUGAGCAAUUUCUAACCAUUGGGAGUUGGAUAAGACUUCUAAAAGAAAUCCCUACCACACAUUGAUUUUAUUGGGUUUUCUGCAAUAUUUCAUCAAAGCCACAUUGAACGUUUUAGGAAAGUGAGUGGACCUUAUCUAGUUGUAGGAGAAUAUAGUUUAGUUGCUUAAUUUAGCACAUAAAUUAGAGUACUUCAAGACUCCAGUGGAAAUAGAGCCUCAUUUAUAGCAUAUUUUUCAUGGGUUUGGAAAACAACCAUGUGUCAGCUCAUCAUGUCCAUUGGAAGAGUAAUUGGAAAUCUGCUGCUCUGGCUUCCAACAUGGUUUUACGCUGAACUGAAUCAAUUUCAUGUCAUGCAAACAAAAUUACCCCUGGAAUGGAACAAGGAACCCUUGCCAUAUUUAUGUAAUCUAAUCUAAUGGGUGUUAAUGUGUUGCAUUUAAAACACAUUAACUCCCAUUUUCUACUGUAAAUAUGCAUCAAUCAUGUUUCAACUGAUCAUAAUCAUAACACACAGUCUAUAUUUUUGAUUUUGAGUACUUAAUACAGUAUAUACAGCAAGCAGCAGAAACCACUUUUAGAAACAGAGAUUUCACGAGUUUAUUUGAGGCUUUAAUCUUUUGAUUUCCUCAACAGGGAAGAAAAGGGGAAAAGGGAGAACAUGGUCGGCCAGGGGAGCGUGUAAGUUUGAGUUUUUGAUUGGUUGAGUGUUGUGCAUAUAAAAACUUCCCUCAAAAUGGUUUAUGUCUAUUUGUCUGUGAUGGCAGGAUACCUUGGAGACUGUAAUUUGCUUUUAUAUGUGGACAGCGCCAUCAAGUGGCUAUUAACUACAUUAAUUCUCCAAGUAUUAAGAUGACUGUUCCUCUAGUCUGUGAUGUGACAAAUUUAAUCUACCCAUUUCUUAAAUCGCUUGUUCUUAGACUUUUUCUUACAUCACUCCUUAUCUGAUUCUUACAAUAUUUUGGUACAGAAGAUAUUUGUGUUACUCAUUAAGGACAAAGUGUUUCCUUAGACAAAUUUGAGUCGCAUCAACUAUUACAAAUGUUCAGUAUUUUGCCCUACAGGUGGUGCUAUUUGUCUUUGACAAAUGUGAACAUUUUAAGGAUUUUGUGUUUGUUUUGGAGGUGUACUCACUUUGAACGUUUAUUCAUUUGAAUUAUUCUGACUUUCAUUGACAGGGGAUCCCUGGUCCACUAGGAACUAAAGGAGAGGUAUAUUAAGCUGAACACAUUAAUAACUGUCCCUCCAUCAAACCUGAACUGCUUUGUGUAUUGCUAACACUGGGGUGGUAUUUUUGCCAGAAAGGGACAGCAGGGGAUUCGGGGCAGAGAGGUCCAGAAGGUCAAGUGGGACGGCCCGGGCAAACGGGUCACUCAGGCCCACCUGGCCCCAGAGGUCUGCAAGGCGGUACUGGCCCACCUGGUCCACCUGGACCUGAGGGACAACCUGUAUGUUUGCUGAAUGCCAUGCCAAUAGCUUCAUAUUGAUAAUGUUUUAUAUCAUGUAAUUAUGUUUAGUAACAUAUCAAAGAGGAAAAAUCCCUCAAAACUCACAUGAUCCAUCAAUUUUAAUUCCAGGCAAGUCAAAUGUCAGACAGUCACAUUCGUCAGAUCUGCAGAGAGAUUCUUCAGUGUGAGUUUCUCUUUAGAUUGACUGAUGAUGUGUUCCUGUUCCUGUGUGUUUUGACCUGACAUCUAAAUUCUUUCCGUUGUUAUUCACCCUAGCUGAGCUGCCUUUGUUACUGCGGAGCAACCAGCAGGGCAGCUGUACAAGAUGUCACACCCGGCCUGGAUCUCCUGGUUCUCCAGGUGCACCUGGGUCCCAGGGACUCAGAGGUCUUCCUGGUCUAACCGGUGCCAGGGGACAGCAAGGUCACCCCGGUCGGCCAGGACACCCUGGCAUCAACGGGCUAAAAGGUAGAGCCAGCAUCAAAUUUGACAGUCUGUCAAAGGUUUUUUGUUAAAGCCCUUAGCAAGUAUUCCCCUAUAUUUGUAGGAGAACCAGGUUUCAAGGGUGAAAGGGGGAGUCCUGGAAGAAUCACCACUGGCGACCAAGGGCCACCUGGCCCCCCAGGUAAAAUAUGUGGAUAUUAAUUUAGCUUUAGUGUCUUUAUAUGGAGACUGAGGAACUGAGGAUAUUUAACCCCACCUCAAACAAAUGUCCAUGCUUCUCUGAACUGAUGAUGGCUUGAUAUCUUUAUCUCCCCAGGUCCAAUGGGUCCUCAGGGGUACGGUAAGCCAGGUCCUUCAGGUAAACCUGGGCCCCCUGGUCUACAUGGACCAGAGGGAAAAAGCGGUAACCCCGGCAUUCCAGGUCAGCCCGGGGUGUGUGAUCCAUCCAUGUGCUACAGUAGUAUGAUGAGGCGGGAUCCUUACAACAAAGGGCCAAACUAUUGACGUAAUGCAUCGUCUGAAGCUGUCACGGAACAAACAGA